UUGUGUCUUGAAACUUCUCAAACAUUUUUUUUAAUUUAUUUAUUCAUAGGCUCAACGAAUGGAUGUGAGAGAACUUCUUUUGCAUUUUUGCGACAGGAACUUCCUGUGAGGUUUGCAAACAUACUGAGAGAAAUUGAUCUUCUUCCUGAUAAAUUACUAGGCACUCCAUCAGUACAAUUAGUAAAAAGCUGGUACAUCCAAAGCCUAAUGGAGCUGGUUGAAUUCCAUCAGAAAAGCUCAGAUGACCAAAAAGUCUUAUCUGACUUUAUAGAUACAUUAAUUAGAGUCCGAAACAGACAUCAUGAUGUGGUUCCUACAAUGGCACAAGGAGUAAUUGAAUACAAAGACACUUUUAAAGUAGAUCCUGUCACCAAUCAAAACAUUCAGUAUUUUUUGGAUCGUUUUUACAUGAGCCGCAUUUCCACCCGGAUGCUAAUGAACCAACACACCCUUCUUUUUGAUGAUAAAUCCGGCUCAGGGCACCCAAGGCACAUUGGAAGUAUUGAUCCUUGCUGUGAUGUUGUUGAAGUAGUGAAUGAUGCUUUUGAAAGUUCCAAGAUGCUGUGUGACCAGUAUUACUUAACAUCUCCAGAACUGAAACUUACACAAGUGAAUGGAAAACUUCCAGGAGACCCAAUUAACAUCGUAUAUGUUCCCUCUCAUCUUUUCCACAUGCUUUUUGAGCUCUUUAAGAACUCAAUGAGGGCAACUGUUGAAUUCCAAGAAAACAGUCCUUCCCUUUCUCCAGUUGAAGUGACAGUUGUUCUAGGACAAGAAGACCUGGCAAUUAAGAUCUCAGACAGAGGAGGUGGUGUUCCAGUAAGGAAAAUUGAGCAGCUGUUUAGCUACACGUAUUCCACAGCACCAAGGCCGAGGAUGGAUGAUGGUCGAAAUACCCCUCUUGCUGGCUUUGGGUAUGGCUUGCCAAUUUCUCGUCUGUAUGCUAAAUACUUUCAAGGAGAUCUCAAUCUGUACUCCAUAUGUGGUUAUGGAACGGAUGCUAUUAUCUACUUGAAGGCCCUAUCUACAGAAUCAGUAGAAAAACUCCCGGUUUUUAACAAAUCUGCUUCCAAGCAUUACCAAGCUACCUCAGAGGCAGAUGACUGGUGUGUCCCAAGUAAAGACCCAAAGAAUCUAUCAAAGCAGAGUGUAGCUCUCUGA